AUGUUCUCCGCUGCCCGUUCCCUUCGUCUCGCCGCUUCCCGCACCGGCAACUAUGCGGGCCUCCCGCGGUCGAUGAUUGCCAGGAAUAUGAACUCCAAGGUUAACGGUCCCGUUGUCGGUAUCGACCUUGGCACGACAAAUUCCUGCGUCGCCGUUAUGGAGGGCAAGACGGCGAAGGUGAUCGAAAACUCGGAGGGUGCGCGGACAACACCCUCCGUCGUGGCUUUCACCAAGCACGGCGAGCGUCUCGUUGGUCUCCCCGCGAAGCGGCAGUCCGUCGUCAACUCGGCGAACACUGUGUUCGCCUUCAAGCGUCUCAUUGGUCGUCAGUUUGGUGAUGCGGAGGUCAAGCAGGACGCUACCCACUGGCCGUUCAAGAUCGUUCCUAAGUCGGACGGCAGGCCAGCAGUGGAGGUGAUGAACGGUGACAAAAAGCAGACACUUUCUGCAGAAGAGCUGUCGUCGAUGGUCCUGACGAAGAUGCGUGAAACUGCUGAGCAGUUUUUGGGCAAGAAGAUCAACCACGCCGUCGUUACCGUUCCUGCCUACUUCAACGACGCGCAGCGGCAAGCGACGAAAGAUGCUGGUACUAUCGCCGGUCUGGACGUCCUCCGUGUCAUUAACGAGCCCACGGCUGCUGCACUCGCCUACGGUCUCGACCGCGCCGACAACUCCAUGCAGAAGGGUGUGUUCGAGGUGAAGUCCACGAAUGGUGACACCCAUCUCGGUGGUGAAGACUUCGACAUCGUCCUCGUCGAGCACAUCCUCAAGGAGUUCAAGAAGGAGAGCGGCCUCAGCCUCACUGGGGAUCCGGUUGCCAUCCAGCGCAUUCGCGAGGCGGCCGAGAAGGCGAAGAUCGAGCUCUCGUCGACUUCGCAGACCGAGAUCAACCUGCCGUUCAUCACCGCGGACGCGAGCGGUCCUAAACACAUCAACCUCAAGAUCAACCGCUCUCAGUUCGAGGCCCUCACUGCCCCCCUCAUCCAGCGCACGAUCGACCCCUGCAAGAAGGCGCUCGCAGACGCCGGUGUCAAGGCGUCGGAGGUUAACGAGGUCAUUCUCGUCGGUGGUAUGUCCCGCAUGCCCCGUGUCGUCGAAACUGUCAAGUCGGUGUUCGGUCGUGAGCCCAGCAAGGGUGUCAACCCCGAUGAGGCCGUCGCCAUCGGUGCUGCCAUCCAGGGUGGUGUCCUCGCGGGCAACGUCACCGACAUCCUUCUCCUCGAUGUUACCCCUCUCUCCCUCGGUAUCGAGACGCUCGGUGGUAUCAUGACCAAGCUCAUUACGCGCAACACGACGAUCCCGACGAAGAAGACGCAGACCUUCUCGACGGCGGCAGACGGCCAAACGGCCAUUGAGGUCAAGAUCUACCAGGGCGAGCGUGAGCUCGUCCGCGACAACAAGAUGCUCGGCAACUUCAACCUCGUCGGCAUCCCGCCCGCGCCUAAGGGCGUUCCUCAGAUCGACAUCACCUUCGACAUCGACGCUGACGGUAUUGUCCACGUCACUGCCAAGGACAAGGCGACGAACAAGGACCAGUCGAUGACGAUUGCGUCGUCGUCGGGUCUCUCGGACAAGGACAUCGAGCGCAUGGUGUCCGAGGCCGAGGAGUACGCUGAGACCGACAAGCAGCGCAAGGCGCUCAUUGAGGAGGCGAACAAGGCCGAGUCUGUCUGCGCUGAUACCGAGAAGGCGAUGAACGAGUUCAAGGACCAGGUCGACGCGACGGAGAAGGAGAAGGUUGAGAAGCUCGUUGCUGAGCUCCGCGAGAUCGCUGCCAAGGGCCAGACCGGCGAUGCGUCCGUCGACGCCGACAAGAUUCGGGAGAAGAUCAACGAGACUCAGCAAGCGUCGCUCGGCCUCUUCCAGAAGGUGUACGAGAAGCGUGCGGCGGAAGGUCAGGCGUCAGAGGCGAAGGAGGAGUCCAAGGAGGAGAAGAAGGAUUAA